AUGAAAACAGAAUUAGAAUUUGCGUUGUUGAAUGCUGGUAAUUUGUUUUGUUGUCUUGGCUUUUCAAUUAUCGCCCCAUUUUACCCAGCAUACGCAAAAGAAUUCGAAGUCUCUAAUUCAAUUUUAGGACUGAUAUUUGGGAUGAAUCCUAUCGGAGGUAUGAUGGCCUCAUUGAUAAUUGGUAAACUAUUAAAUAAUGUAAAUUAUUCAACGUUUCUAUACUUGGGUCUUAUCAUUCAAGCAGUAGGAUAAUUUCAAUUUCCCCUUCUCUCUUUUGUACAUUAGUAUGAAUACUUUUUAACACUCUCAUUUAUAGGAAGAUUUUUGAGUGGCUUUGGAGGUUGUACAUUCUUAACUCCAUUUUACGCCUGCAUACCUUAAAAAUUUCCAGAGACGGCAGCUCAGAAAAUGGCUAUAAUUGAAUUUUUCUCUUCAUUUGGCUAUUUAGCAGGAGCAGUCGCUGGCUCAAUUCUGUAUGAAAUAGAAGGAUUUUAUUUUCCGUUUUUAAUAUUCGGUUCUGCCUCCAUUUUGAUUGCAUUAAUAAUUAAAUUCGGUUUUUAAGAAAAUGAUUAGAUACUUACUGAAAAAUAAUAAUAAAUUUAAAAAGAAAAUUAGAUUGGAUACUUUACAAUUCUAAAAGAUUUUUAAGUAUUGGCAUAAUUUAAUGUAAUUUUUUCAAUGUGCCUUGCAUAUUCAUAUUUUCAACCAAUAUUUGCAAUAUUCUUUGAAGAUCAAUUUGAUGUACCACCAGUUGACUCAGGAUACUAUAUGUCACUAGCUCCAUUCUCUUAUUGUCUUGGAGCUAUCCUAAUCUCAAGAAUUAAGAUUCAUAAAUAAAUAACAAUUUUAAUUGGCAUAGGUGUAGUUGCCAUUUCAGAAUUUUUGAUGGGACCAGACCCUCUAUUAGGAAUUAGGCCAUAAUUACAUUUGACCAUGAUAGCCUACUUAAUAUUUGGAUUCUUCAUUGCCUUACCAUAUGUGCUAACACUUCCAUCCAUAAAUGAAUCCUUGGAACUACGCUUUGAGAAAAAAGACCAUGAGAAAUGUAUCUGCUUAGCAUCUGGAUUAUUCAAUUCAAUUCUAUCAAUAGGCGAAUUUUUGGGACCCUUUCUUUCUGGAUUGAUUUCAGAGCACUUGGAAUUUCCAAGAUCUUGCAGUAUUCUAGGAAUAUAUUUAAUAAUGAGCACUGUAUUAUACAUUCCAAAUGUAUUCCAAAAUAAAUUUAAGGCUUAGAGAGUAAAAGUAUAGAAUUUUGAUGAAUAAUUAUGA